GUAAUAUGAUAAAAGCAAAGAUAAGAUAAAACAAAGAGAUGGUGAAACAUACAUACUAUACUACAGUAUCUUGUACUUUCUUUCUCCAUACAUAAUACUACUCAACUCACAACUAAACCCUAGACUUCUUCACUUCCAAAAUUCUUAACACAAUUUCUUUAAUUGUUUCUUCUUAUUCACUUUUGAUCAUUUGAACUACUGAGAAAACCUCAAUUAUUUCUAUAAAAUAAAACCCUAAUUAUCAAUUGGGGGUUUUGUGAAAACUUCAAAGAAAAAAAAAAUGAGUUCAUUGACUACAACAUGGUGUCCAAACUCAUUUCAGCUUCGUUUAGCAUUGAGAAGCAAAAAGCCUUGUGCAGUUAAUUUUGCAGGAAUGCGUUUUGGGAAGCUGGAUUAUCGUGGGGUUCGUUUGGUUUCGUUUAAUGUGAAGAAUAGUAAUGUGUCAAAUGGCAGUGGUGCUGGAGUGGAAAAAACAAGUGGAGGUGAUAAUUCGAGUGCGGUAGAAGAUGGUUUUGCUGGAUGGUCUGGAAAUGAUGGUGCUCAGAAACCGAAUGAUUCACAGGGGAAGCAGAACAUCGCAGGGUUGGUUGGAGCAGGAGCAGCUGGUAUUAUACUUGUAUCUGGCCUUACCUUUGCUGCAUUGUCAAUAAGCAGACGGAGUUCAACAAGAAUUAAACAGCAGAUGGAGCCCUUGACAGAACAGCAAGAAAUGUCAAUCAAUUCUGACAAUCAUAAUGACACAGUUCCAAAAGAGAAGGUUUUAGAUGAAAAUGAAACCAAAGAUAAAAGCGAUGAAGAGCUCCAAGAAGGUAUAAAAGAUCCAUCUUUAUAUACAGAAAAUGUUGGAGCUAUUGAAAGUAGAAUUAGUGGAGAUACUGAUGAUGGACAUCCAUCCAAUGAUGGUGUCAUUGUUGAUGAGACUCAUAUUCAGUAUGAUUUGGGUGAUGAAAAAGCUAGUGAUGAUGCAGUAGUUGCUACUGAAGCCUUAUCUGAAUCCCCUGAAGCAACCUUUGGGAUGUCAAGCUAUGAAAGUGAGGAAGACAGUCUUGGUGCUGGAAAAUCAGAACCAACAACUGAACCAGAACGGAAGAACUUUAGUGAUGAUGAAGUUGUUGCUGUAUCAGUUCUAAAUCCAAAUUCAACAUAUGAAGUUGAUAAUCAGGUGGGUGUAUCUAUUUUGGAAGGAUCUGGAUACUCCGAAACUUCAUUGGACUCUGCUCCUAUUGAACCUUCUAACCUCAACACUGUUGUUAAUCCACAUUCCGAAGCACUUCUAGAACCCAUGAUUACUCAUGAAGAUCAUGUAGAGACUCAAAGCUCAUUUUCCACCACCAAUGUUGAACUGAGCAAAAUGGCGGAGGUUCCAAGUGGUGGAGAUAAGCCAUCUUUUGACGUGCAGAAGUUAAACAGAGACGAAGUGUCUGGUACAACUUCGGUUCCGACAACAGCUUAUGACCAUCUUGGGAACGAUUUUAAGGAUAUGAAUGCAAGCAGAUCCUCCUUUUACUCAAUGGAUCCUGAUGAUAUCUUUGUUUCUGCUGGUAUUCCCGCUCCAUCUACUAUUUCUCCAGCUCUGCAAGCACUUCCAGGAAAGGUUUUGGUUCCUGCUUCCUUUGAUCAAAUCCAAGGUCAGGCGCUCGCAGCAUUACAAGCUUUGAAGGUUAUUGAGUCUGAUGUUCAACCUGGAGAUCUUUGCUCUCGGCGUGAAUAUGCUCGUUGGUUGGUGUCUGCUAGUAGUGCUCUAUCAAGAACCACUAUCUCAAAGGUCUACCCUGCUAUGUAUAUUGAGAAUGUCACUGAUCUUGCCUUCGAUGAUAUUACACCUAAUGAUCCAGACUUCCCAUCUAUACAAGGUUUGGCUGAAGCAGGGUUACUUUCCAGCAAGCUCUCAAGACUUGACAUGCAGCCAUCUUCAGAUGAUGACCAAGGUCCUGUCUUCUUCUGUCCCGAAAGUCCUUUAUCACGUCAAGAUCUUGUCAGCUGGAAGAUGGCCAUAGAGAAAAGACAGCUACCAAUUGUUGACCAAAAGUCCGUACAGAAAGUCUCUGGAUUCAUAGAUGUUGACAAGAUUCAUCCAGAUGCAUGGCCUGCACUGGUAGCUGACUUAACAUCGGGUGAACAGGGAAUAGUAGCCCUUGCAUUCGGGUACACAAGACUCUUUCAACCGGAUAAACCUGUGACCAAAGCUCAAGCUGCUAUUGCCCUAGCAACUGGUGAAGCUUCUGACAUCGUUGGUGAGGAACUUGCACGCAUUGAGGCUGAGUCAAUGGCUGAAAAAGCUGUUGCAGCCCAUAAUGCUUUGGUAGCUGAAGUUGAAAAAGAUGUGAAUGCAAGUUUUGAGAAGGAGCUCUUAUUGGAAAGGGAAAAGAUUGAUGCAGUUGAGAAGUUGGCUGAGGAAGCAAGAAGAGAGCUGGAGAGUUUGAGAGCUCAGCGGGAGGAAGAGAAUCUAGCAUUGUUGAAGGAGCGCGCUGCUGUUGAUUCAGAAAUGGAAGUUCUUUCCAGAUUAAGACGCGAGGUAGAGGAGCAAUUACAUACUCUUAUGAGCGACAAAUUAGAGAUCUCGUAUGAUAAAGAGAGGAUUGACAAGCUUAGAAAAGACACAGAAUUUGAAAACCAAGAGAUAGCACGUUUGCAGUAUGAGCUGGAGGUUGAGAGAAAAGCAUUAUCAUUAGCUAGAACUUGGGCGGAAGAUGAGGCUAAAAAAGCUAGAGAGCAAGCAAAAGCCUUGGAAGAGGCUAGAGACCGCUGGCAGAAGCAAGGCAUCAAAGUGGUAGUUGACAAUGACCUGCAAGAAGAAGCCGAUGCUGGAGUUACAUGGCAGAAUGCUGGAAAUCAGUCCGUUGAGUCGACUGUUAAUAGAGCUGAAACAUUAGUAGAUAAGCUCAAGGGAAUGGCUGAUACAGUGAGGGGGAAAUCAAGAGAGAUAAUUCAUAUGAUUAUUGAAAAAAUAAUGAUGCUGAUCAAUAUGCUUAAGGAGUGGGCACUGAAGGCAGGAAGGCAAACAGUGGAGUUCAAGGAUGCUGCCACAGCGAAGAUGGGCAGCUCAGUACAAGGAAUGCAGCAGAGCUCAGCUGAAGUAGGUUCAGCAUUCAGGGAUGGUGUUAAGCGUUUCGCUGAUGAUUGCAGGGGCGGAGUAGAGAAAAUCUCACAGAAAUUCAAGACAUGAAAACAUGUUGUGUGAAAGACUUGUUAUCCUUUUUGCUAUUUUGGUCAAUAAAUUCUCGGAUUGGAGCAGUCAAUUUUGGCCCAUGUAAGCUGCUGUACAUUGCCAUCCACCAGAAGAGGGGAAUAAAAGAAACUCUGUGAGAGAUAUCUACCUUCCUACACAUUGAUUAUCUUAGCUUCUUAAUUGUACUAUAUACAUGUUUGUAUAAGUACCGACUUCUUAACUGUACUGAAUGCGUAACAAAAGAAUGAUGAAAGAAGAUGUGAUACUCCUUUUGACAA